UCUCUUCUUCCUUUCGGUGGAUUUUCAUUUCACCUCGCAAAGGCAAGCCCUCUUCGCUUUAUCUCUCUCUCUCGCUCUCUCUCCCUCUGUCUCUCAUAUCCUCAUCAUCGUAAUCUUGUUCACUCCUCAUAAAAGAUUCAUAAAUCAAGAAGAAUUUCUGGGCAAGGAUUUUUCACUGAUCAGGCAUACCCUUGAUUAGUUUAAUCAGCUCCUGGGAAGAAGAGAGCUUAGAUUUGCAAAACCAUUUUCAAUUUUUUUUGAAUUUUGAGGUUGAGAAAAGGAAAGCCAUGGAUGCUAAUUCUUGGGCUGCUCGUCUCUCUUCUGCUUCCAAGCGCUACCAAACUGCUCUUCAAUCUCGAUCUGGAAUGAAAUGGGAUAGUUUUGAUGCAGAAAUGCUCAUGGGAUUUGAGGAAAUAGACGUGGAUGAUGACAUAAGGGAGGAAUAUCCAUGCCCUUUUUGUACGGAUUAUUUUGAUAUUGUGGGACUAUGUUGCCACAUUGAUGAUGAGCAUCCUGUAGAAGCCAGGAAUGGGGUAUGUCCAGUUUGCGCGAUGAGGGUGGGUGUCGACAUGGUAGCUCAUAUUACCUUGCAACAUGGGAAUGUCUUUAAGAUGCAGCGCAAGAGAAAAUCACGAAAAGCUGGUUCACAUUCUACUCUUUCUUUGUUGAGGAGGGAGCUGAGAGAAGGGAAUUUGCAGUCCCUCUUUGGAGGGUCUUCCUGCAUAGUUUCUUCAAGUAAUGCAGCGCCAGAUCCGCUGUUGUCAUCAUUCAUUUUGCCGAUGGUCGAAGAUUAUGAAAAUGUUCCAUCACACUCUUCAACGGAGUCAACAUCAGUAAAGAAAAGCUCAACUGAUAGCAUUUCAGAGAGAAAAGUGCAGCAGCCUCCCAUGUCAAUCAAAGAUCAGGAGGAGAAGGCAAAGAGAAGUGACUUUGUUCAAGGGUUGCUGUUGUCGAUGAUGCUUGAUGAUAAUUCAUAAGUCCUGUGGUGCUGCUAUGCUUGUGGACGAACUGCAAAAUGGGCGGCCUAUAUGUGGCUGACUAUGCCCGUGUAUUUGAAAUGGAAAAGCGAAAUAAGUUUGUAGUAAUAAAUGUAAUUUAUGUUUCUGUAGAGUUAGUGGUAGGUUGAAGAAGAUUGAUGUAUUUCCUCCUUUCGUAUUGAUUCUGCUUCUGGUUCACGCUUUAAUGAAGAAGAUGAUGAACUUCUUGCGUUAUAUCA